AAAGUGGGAUUAUGCACAGGUUCGCCGUCUUGGCACGUAAUGUAUCAAGUAUUUUACCUGUUUUCUACGUAAAAUACUUCACUUAGGUAUUUUACGUAAAAAACCUUCAGUUACGUGUAAUUCCACAUCCCUGCCCAUGGAUGACCCAGCGCAUCAGGCGUUAAUCUACACGGUUCACAGGAUUCUUUAGUUGAAAAUUUCGGUAUGUAAAUAAGAGGCACUUUGGAACUUAUAUAUUUUAAUUAUAAGAAAAAUGUUGCUGCUGCAUUGAAAACACUAAGAACACUAGUGCCUGAUAAAUGGUGUUUAUCAUACGAAUUUUUGAACAACAAUGGCUUCCGAAGAUACAUCCUGGCGCACUCAAACCUUUCGACAAGGAAUCGCUGCACGAAUCGAAGAGGCUAUUCAAAAAUCCGGAAUGCCUACAGCGAAAAAUAGUAGUGAUAUGGAGAGUCACGUCUUUUUGAAAGCGAAGAGCAAGGAGGAAUAUUUGGGCUUUGUUGCGAGACUGAUACUUCACGUGAGAGAAAUGAAUUCAAAGAAACAGGGUGGAGGACUGGCUCCAGGAGGUGGGCCAGGUCAGGGAAUGUCCGAUCCAAUCGGUGCAUUGCAAACUCUAGCAAGACAAGGGACUGGAAAUAAUCAGAUGAUGGGAAUGCCAAAUUCAGGUCCGAAUCCUCAGGGAAUGGUAUCACAGCCAAACACCAACGCAGCGACCAAUCUUCUUCAGAGUUUAAAUCAACGACCCGUACAAGGGGUAAAUAUGGCAAGUAUACAAAAUAAAAUGCCUGGAAUGGGAAUGAUGUCUGGACAAGCGGGGGGAUCAGUGGGUCACAUGGCUCAAAUGCAGGGAAUGCAGAAUAACGCAAUUCUGACACAAAUUAAUCAGAUUGGACAAGGUAACAUGCCACAACAAUUAGUCCAAAUCGGUCCUGGACAAAUGAGUCAAAUGGGAAAUCAAAUGGCAGGUGGACAGCAACCACAAAACAUGCAGAAUCAAAUUCAAAAUCAAGUUCCUGGACAGAUGGGAGGAUCUAUCGGAGGUGGAAUGCAGCCGCAAAUGAGUCAAAUGGGCUCGGGUCAGAUUGGUCCAAAUCAGAUGCAGCAACAAAUGCACAACGUUCAACGAAAGCCUCCGGAAAUGAUGAAUGUUGGAUUUCACGGACCACGAAACGUUACACCGAAUCAGUUUUUAAACCAGAGUCCUUCCUCUUCUGCACCGAGUCCUGGAGGGCUAGGAGCUCCACAAAGCAAUCAAAUGGUGCCUUCACCCGCUCUGGCUCCUUCACCAAUGUCUCAACCCUCCGUUCUUUCUGGACAACGCUCUAUUGGCAUGGCACCUUCUCCCAGUAGUUCUUUGAAUACUCCUGCUGGAAUAGGUGCAGCGCCAAGUCCAAUGGAGGAUCAUGUUUAUAAAGAAACACUUCGGAGACUGAUGAAGUACAUUGACCCGCUAAGAAAAAUGGUUGCCAGAUCGAAUGGAGAAGGAAACGCCGACAAAACCGCCAAAAUGAAAAAGCUACUAGAAAUUUUAUCUAACCCGUCGAAGAGAAUGCCCCUGGAGACAUUACAAAAGUGUGAAAUUGUUUUGGAGAAAAUGGACUUCACCAAAAGAGGUGACGGCAGCGUUGGGCCCGCACUUGCAACACUCAAAGAAAACCAUUUCUUUAGUCCACUUCUGGAUGCAGUAAAUACGCAUUUGCAAAGUCCAGUGGCCAAUCACACACUACAAAGAACCUUUGCCCCAUGCCUUGAAGCAUUUUUCGGUCCAGAAAUUAAAAACCUUCCGCAACCUUUAAAACGCCAGAAAGUUGAAGAAUCAACAAGCGAAAUUCCCGACGUCCUUCAAGGAGAAAUAGCUAGACUUGAUCAGAGAUUUAAGGUGAGCUUGGAUCCGGCGCAGCAGAGUGGAUCGCUUUGCAUUCAGUUGAUUUGCUGGCUAGAUGAUAGACAUCUUCCCUGCGUACCACCGGUAUCGGUAACAGUUCCAGCAGAUUAUCCCCUGACGCCUCCUCGAUGUGUAAUGGCUCCGCACGAAUAUACCACUGCUUUUCUUAGCAGAGUAAAAGAAGCACUAAGUGCUAGAAUUUCGAAGCUGCCAAAACAAUUUUCUGUUUCACAGCUUCUCGAUACCUGGGAAAUGAGUGUACGACAGGCUAGCGCUCCGUCCUCUAAAACUCCAACCUCUACUGGUAUUUUAAUGGGAAUUUAAAAGGAAAAUAUAGAUUUCUUACCAUUGCGUAAUAUUUUCAAAUUUUGAUAUAAUAAAAUGUGAAUUUAUAUUAUUUUUAUUUUUAUUAUGGCUAGUCGUCCAGCUUCUUAGGACGAAUAAAGAAAAUAUUAGCGAAAGCUAAACGAACAGGACACUGCUUUAAAUUAGAUAUUCAGUAAAUGAAUAUUGAGAGAGCAUUCAAUUAUUGGAUUGAAAUGUUUUUCAAUUUAAAAGCGAUCUCCUUUUAGUAUGCGAUUGAGUGAUGUAAGUUUAUCAAAUACUAAAGUUAAGUACUAUUUUCUAUUCAGACUGAACUUUUAUAGUCCAAGCAUCUGGUACUUUGACACCGUGUUAAGUAGGUAAUGCGCAUUUUUUUGCUAAAAUGGUUUAUUAAGGCGUAGUGAUUAAAAUUCCACGUUUUCUAGAAAUGUCAAACGUGCGUCCCGGAGAUAUUUUUGAAAAAAGUUCCGAAAAUCGUGUUUGCGUAAACUGACCCAUCCCAUUGCGUUUUAGAGAAAACUAGAGGAAAUUGUGAGAAAUUUGAGGGCGAAAAAACCUUCUAUGUUCAAUAGGUGCCGAGUUACCGUCCUUCAAAGAACCCGGAU